AUGCCUCGAUUUGCCUCCUUCUUCUGCCUUGACCUUUCAGGAAGUUCGGUGGAGCUUGACCAGGACAGGGAGCUGGCAAAGGAUGCAAAGAAACAGCCGAAGGAAAUGAAGGUGGAGGUCAAGAAGGAGUUGCGGCAAGAGGUGAAUAAGAAGGUGGGGAGCCAGAUGCAGAAGGAGGGUGCGAGUGUCAUGGAACAGAAGUUGAGCUUAGAAGAGGUGAAGGAAGAAGGAAAGAAAGAAGCGCGCAAUGUGGCUCAGGAGACGACAAGGAGGGUGGCACAAAAGGUUAAAACGGACAAGGUAAACGAGCAUGAGUUGAGGAUGGACGCGCAGGCAGUGAAGGAUGAGGUGAAGGAAGAGGUGGGGGAGGGCCUCCAGGAGGGUGUCAAGCAAGUGAAGACGGAGGUGAAGGAAGAGGUGGUGGAGGAAGUGACGUCGGAGAUCAAGAACGAGGUACAGGCAAAGCAAGAAGUGAAGCGUGAGGUCGAGCAGGUGAAAAGUUUGUUACGGGACCUCGCGUGGACAAUCCAGAUGAUCAGAGUGAAUCGGGAGUGCGCAGAGGAAGCCCAGCACAUGCGCGUGGUAAAGUCGGAGGAAGCCGAAGGGGCCGGAUGGAUUCGUCCCAGCACGAGGCGAUGCAUCAGUCACAAGAGGCCCAACAUCUCGUCUCCAUCGUUUGAGUCGCGACUGCCAGAGGGGGCCGAGAAAUGCCUAGCAUUUCUAAGCUCUGGCAAGACGCGGCUGCCCGCAAAGCCUUGCGGCCCAGCCAGCCCGUUCCUCGGACUGGCAACUGCUCCGUGGGAAGGCUGUGAGGAGGAGAGGGCCCUCUUCAAUGAUCACGGCAAGGACAACAGCGGCUGCGGUCCCAAACCUGAGCACUUGCAGGAUGCAGCUGCGAAGCAGCGCCGCGUGGCCGAGAAAAUGAAGAUGUGGCCGUCGAUGCACGACCUUCCGACGCAGGCGCCAAGAGGAAGGCGCCCGCCUCCAAGAUGCUGGCGGAGGGCGAGGGCGGCGAGGCGUGGGGGAGCUGGCCAAAAUGUUCGGGCUCCAAGCGGCGGGGGGGUGCCGAUGGAGCCGCUCUCAGAGGUCCCGCAUGCCGCUCGGGCAGUGAGGUGGAGCCUUGGAGAUAAGGCCUGGCGUAUGCAGUGCCAAGUAGGGAAGAACAGGAAGCUGGGACGUGGAGAAGGCCUGGAAGCAGGCGGUGGCCCUGCGCAAGCAGCAGGAGACGGAGAGGGAGCGGGCUGA